UCCAUGGGUGGCUGCGUGGGGAGCCAGCACGACUCCUCGGGCAGCUUGAACGACAACUCGGACGGAACCGGAGUGGCUCUGGGGCGCAACCAGCCCCUCAAACGCGAACGACCCAAAUGGAAGAGCGACUACCCCAUGACAGAGGGCCAGCUGCGCAGCAAGCGCGACGAAUUCUGGGAUACGGCGCCAGCAUUCGAGGGCCGCAAGGAGAUCUGGGAUGCGUUGAGGGCAGCCGCGGGCGCCUUCGAGAACCAAGACCACCAGUUGGCUCAGGCCAUCCUGGACGGCGCGAGCGUCACGCUGCCUCACGGUGCACUGAGCGAAUGCUAUGACGAGCUGGGCAACCGCUACCAACUGCCAGUCUACUGCCUGGUGCCACCCGUCAACAUGAUCGAGGAACGCUCUGACGAGCCCGACGGCUCCGACCAGGACUCUGGCGGAGCUGAUGCAUCGACGGGUGAUGACGGCGAGCGCCAGUUGCGCCUGCGCCUCUCCACAGGCCGCGACCUACGCCUGCGGGUGCGCUCGACCGACACGGUGGGCGCCAUGAAGCGCCGCCUUCACAGUCAGGAGGGCGUGCCAGCCGCCGCCCAGCGCUGGUUCUUCUCGGGACGCCCACUCACCGACAGGCUGCGUUUGGAGCAGAUCAACAUCUCACGGGAGUACGUGGUCCAGGUCAUCAUCAGCCAACCCCCGAGCACGCCCCCCCGACGGGAACCCACGCCCGUGGACAGUUGA